UAGUCGUAUCUUAGCAACCAUAUCAAGUGCGUCUCUCAUGGCGCCGCUGUUCUUUCGGAUUUAAUAAAUACGAGCACGAUUUACCGAAUCUCCUAUUCAAAACGCCGUGACAGUCAAGUCUGCUGUCGUUUUGUGCCUAUGACGGAUGUAACAUGCCCCCAAAAAGGAGAGGACCUCUUCAAACUGUUCAAAGAGAGACGGAUGACAUGAAAAGAAAGGUGGAUGCUUUGGUGCAGCAGGCUGGUAAACCAGAUACAACAGACAAGACAGAGACAUUUAAAAGAUGCAAAGAGUUACAGCUUUCAGUGGCAGAUAUUAUGAAGAAUCUGAGGAAAUUAUCUAAAGCAGAUGAGCCGGCUCCAGUGGGGAACUACGAUCAGUGUAAGAGAGAAGAGGAGAUGCGUUUGUUGACCCUACAGGAGCAUCUACAGUCUCUAGCUGUUGACCUGCAGCCUCUGGAUGAGGAUGCUGGACCUAGUUCAUCUCAGGCAGAACAGGAGAGUGACGAGGAAGAUAGUGAUGACGAAGAUGGCAACUCAGAGAACGAAAGUAGUGAAGAAGAAGUUCAAGAUGAUUAUGUUGCUGAUGAAGAUAAUGAGAAUGCAGAUGUUGGUCCAUCUGAAACAGGACAGGGAUCGGUUUCUUAUGUUGCUCUUAGUGUAUUUACUGGGGAGGAGGAGGGAGACCUCAGUGUUCAGAAAGGGGAGGUUUUGAAAAUUAUUUCGAAGAAUAAGGAUGGCUGGUGGCUGGCACGCAAUUCAGCUGGAAAGAAGGGUGUUGUUCCCAAAACAUUUUUAAAGUUGGAGUCUCAGCAGGAAAGUGAGGGAGAGAAUGAAGAUGAGGGAGAAAGUGAAGAGGACACCGAGUCUGACUCUGAACCAAAGUCCAGCAAAACAUCCAAUUGGGACACGGUGCGGAAGGCUAUUACUGAGAUAGAUGCCACUGACGUUCUGGCAGCGAUGGGUGCCAUCCCUUCAGGCUUCAGACCCUCCACUCUCUCCAGACUUCUUGAAGAAGGAAAUUCUUACAGGACAAGUCACUUCAUUCAGCCGAAGCUUAGCCAAUCACAGCUCUCUUUUAAAGAUCUCCAUCUAGACCCAGACACAGGGAAGGUUCACGGUCGUCCAUCUAGAGUGAGUUUAACCCUGACCCUGUGGAGCUGUAGAAUGAUCCCGCCGCCCGGGGUUGGGUUACAGGUGCUCAGCAGGCACGUUCGUCUGUGUGCGUUUAAUGGAACCCAGGUUUUGAGUAACGUUCACACAGUCAGAGCCACUUACAACUCAAAGAGCCCCAAGUCAUGGAGCUUUUCUCCAAGGAUGGCUGGAAUGCUACCUUGUCUACUGGAUGGAGAUUGUAUUCUGCGUUGUGAUUCUGAGUCUCCUGAUCUCGGGAUUCUGUUUGAAUUGGGUGUAACCUACAUAAGAAAUUCCACAGGAGAGAGAGGAGAUCUUAGCUGUGGUUGGGCCUUCUUAAAACUGUUUGAGGAAAGUGGAGCCCCCAUUGCUCUACGAACACAAGAGCUCACGAUUCAUGGUGGCACACCAUUUGAGAGAGAAACAGAUUUGGACAGCACAUCCACUAUGAGAGGCGCCUCCACUGGUAUACUUCAGCAGAUGUUGCUGUCAAGGAAACAGCCCAAACUCCUUGUUAAACUCAAAGCAGUAAACACACAUAGGAGGGAACUUCUGAAUCUCCUGCCAGACACUAUAGUUGGAUGUUUGUCCUCACUGAAAUUUCUAGCAAUAUACAGGCAAAUACUGGCUGAUGCUCUUUUGCUUGACAGAGUCACAAUGCAGAGUGCAGAUCUGAUGUGCAACUCAGUUUUAGCUUCCUUCCCUGACGUGCUUGAUCAGCCCGAUAUGAUGGAUGCAUUUAGGAAGUCGUGGACAGAAUCAGAGAGUAACCUAAGACGCUCUGACAAGAGGGACAUUAAUGUGUUAAAGCAGUUGUUUGUGAGCGUAUACAUGAGCAGUGUGUAUCCCCUGUUGUAUUCUGCGGCGAUGCCCGCUUCCUGCUGGGCCGAUGAGGAUGUGGAGUCUCAACGUGCUCGCUUCAUCUACAGCCCUUCCGAAAAACUCCCAGAAGGAACCAUGUUGUCUUCUCAAUGUACACAUCAAGCCUUUGACAUCACACAGGUCGCAUAUGACUUCAUCAGCAGGCGCCAGCACUGACAGAAUAGAGACUGACUUACAAUGUCAACCUUGUCAAUAUUAGAUCUACCAGAUCAGAAACUGUUUUACACCGUACAGUUUCAUGAAUCGGUACUAAAAACUAACGGGGCAUAUCUUUGAUAAGGUUUGCAUUUAAUAUUUGAGCUUUUGUAUUUAUAUACCAAAUAAAUAGUUGAACUAU